AUGGCCCUCUACCCCUCGGACAGCGGAGCGGCCGGGAGCCUGCAGCGCGGAAGCCCUGGCAGCUGGGAAGAUCCAGGGGAUAAUUGGGAAGAAGGUGGAGGAGGCGGCGGAGGCGUAGAAAAGUCUUCGGGUCCCUGGAACAAGACGGCUCCAGUGCAAGCGACACCGGCCCCAGCCAUCGUUCCAGAAACCCCAGAACCAGCGAUGACUAGUGGCGUGUACCGACCUCCUGGAGCCAGGUUAACCACAACGAGGAAGACACCACAAGGGCCACCAGAGAUUUACAGCGACACACAGUUCCCUUCCCUGCAGUCCACUGCCAAGCACGUAGAAAGCCGGAACAGGGUUAAAAAAAUGGAGAAGCACUUUGAAGUAGUAAGACACAAAAAUAGAGGUAGGGAUGAGGUUUCCAAAAACCAGGCCCUUAAACUUGAGCUAGACAACCAGUACGCUGUGCUUGAAAAUCAGAAAAGGAACUCCAAAUAG